ACAGGAGCUGUGGCCAAAGUCACCCCAUGGGAAGGAGGCUGGGCUGUUGCGGGGCAAAGGAGGGGAGACGGUGGCUUUCCCCCUGGCACCACGUGAAUGCCUGGCCUGUUCAAAAACUGAAUUUUCAGAAAGGUAUGUCCCAGAGUAAAAAAAAAAAAAAAAAAAAAAAAAAACCACAUCAAUCUGCAUCCGGCACCGACACGGCCGGGCCGCGCCUGCUUCUCCCCGGCACGGGGCCCCCGGAGCCGCUUCCACUCGGCCCAGAAGUGCCGGGCGCCGGUCCGCGCUCCUCACCCGCACGCAAUGCCCGCACAGCGCCCCGAGUCGCGGGCAGGCGACGCUGUGCGGAGCGGCCGGCGUGUUGCGGUGACAGCGGGAGGCCGGGCCCGGGGCUCCCCCGCCCACAGACAGCAGGGGCCGGGCUGCGACCGCAGCAAAGCCCAGGCCCCGUUGCCCCCGGGAGAGGCCAAUGCGGGCGGGAGCGGCGAGUCCGGGAGGACCGGGGGUGCCGCGGGCCGUGAGGUGCAGAGCCCGGCGGGGCGCGGGGCAGGACGCCCCCUGCUACCCUGGAGGCCGAAUAAAGGGCCGAGGAAGUGCCCAGCCGCCCGCCCACGCCUCCCGGGCCGCGCCGCGCUCUCCCCGGGGUCCCCACCGCCGCCGACCGGCCCGACCCGCGAGGCGGGGCCAGCGGGGGCCCGGGGAGGCCCGGGCGCGGCGGGAAGCAUGGCGGGCACGCGGCGGGGCGCGGGCGGGCGGGCGCCGAGUGAAAAGCGCGGCGAGGAGGGGGCGCGGGCGGGGACGCGCGAGGCCGCGGGAGGCCGGGGAGCGCGGCGGGGGCGGGAGUCGAGGGGCGCGCGGGCGCGCGGGCGGCGGCGGGGGAGGGGUGCGGCGGGGGCGCGCGCGGGCGGCGGCUCCCUGCGCCGCCCCUCCCCCCGCGCCACCUUUCCCUUCCCCCACCACCGCCGCCGCCGCGCCGCCGCCCGCCGCCUCCCGGGCCAGCGCCUCGCCGCCCCCGGGCGGGCAGGCAGGCAGGUCGGCCUAGGCCUGAGCUUCUCACCUGGAGGUGGCGGUGUGAUCCCGACUGACUCGCCUCUUCAGGCGGCGACGGAGGCGUCGAGAGAGAAAGAGGCGACGGCACGGUUUAUCACUGGGGCUCGGUGCCUGCACUACAAAUCUACUGCUCCUGGCGGCCAAUUUAUUCAUUUAUUUUUUGGAUAGGACAGAGAGAAAUUGAGGGGGGAUGACAGAAAGCAGCUUUAGGACAAUGGCGAAGUAUCCUAUGGUGCUCAUGACACUAUGAGAAAGGGUCGUCUGGCCUGAAGGCCUCAGAAUUCAGAAGUGUUACCUCUGUUUUCACCCACUGAUCUGGAACCCCAGAAACCUGCACUAAAGGUCCAUGAAAGGAAGGGAGCACUCCGAGUGGGCCAAAGGGAUUAGAAAAAUGCCUUGUCUCCCUGAUGCCCAUGUGCAGCAAGCCUCCGAAUCCUUGCCCCCAUCUUCCUGGUGCUGUCUCCAGGCCUAGACUGGGAUGAAGAGUACUGUCUGCAGCUAGCACAGCUAAGGAAGCCUAGGAUGGCUGCCAUGGCUCCCAGGAUGCCUGAGGGCUUCCAGCACCAGCUACUGGGGAGAGGGUCCUCAUUCGUCUGAAGGCAUUGGGAUGGGGGAGCCAGGGGAAGAGAAGGCGGCAAAGAUGAGCUCAGGGUCCACAGAGAAAGAAGCCUUUGUGUGGGUACAAAUGAGGGACAAGUGGGUGAUUGUGUAGGAGGGCCGGAAGUGCCACACAGAUUGGCAUUACCACGGCCAGCCCUGUAUUCAUCUCUCUUCUGCUUCAAAAGUUCCCUGCACCCCAGAGCACUAGUAUCAGACAUGUUCAGGAAAUGUUACAUGGGAUGGAAAGGUGGCAAGGAGAUGUGGCCAGGGGAAAAGAGAGGCAUUUGCCCCAACUCCCUUGUCCAGACCCAGGGAACAGGAGGCAGAAGGAAAAAGACAGAAGCAGCUUUUACUAUAUUUACAUACAACAGAACUUUGCAAGAAACAAUCCUUAUUGCACAGGUCAGGGCCCUGGGUCAGUGAGGCAUUCCUGAAGAUGGUGGAGUGGACAAGAAA